AUGACCAAUGAAGAUGUUAGGCCUCUAUUUCGUCUCUUAGCUUCUCACAGUUGGGAGUCAAAGGGCUGGCAUACUACAAGUAGUCUUGUGUUGUUAACUGCACUGGCAUUUGUGGCCUGUGUGUGCUUCACGAACAGAAAACGUCUUUUCGCGAUAAUUAGCCGUCUAGGGCAUCCCUCGGCUAUAGUACGCCAAAGCCCUUUGCAAGCUGAAAAGAAAAUACCAUCUACUCCAGGAAAGGAGCCAUACAAAUCAGUGGUACCUCCAAGUCGCCGACAGACAGCGUCUCCUCUGCUGGGCUCUGGGGUCGCUGGCCUGGACGAGACAGCCCCUUCAACUAUUGAGAUACUCCAGAACCAUAUGCCACUGGACAGCAAUAUCAAGGAUCUUCAUGAGACCUUUUAUUCUCCCACUGGCUUCUCCAACGAUGACGUGACGUAUCUGGGCCGCUUUCCAGACUACGCCACACUUAGUGGUGUUCGUUUGCCCGAGCCACAGCACGACUUCAACAUACAUACAGCUAUUGCUCGACCGUAUAGACCCAUCAGGUGGCCAUAUAAUCAGACGAUGGGUGAGUUUAUUCCUACUAUAUUUCUUUGUGCGCGAUAUCCCCACUAUUUCCAGCUUCUCGACGAUCAGUCUAUCUUACAGAACGAUAUUCUCGGAACCGAGACCGACCUCCGCCUCAUCCACCCUCUGCAUGUUCUUUUGAAUAACGUUCCCGAAGACUUCGCUAUCAUGUUGAGGGACCCAGAAACUGGUGAAUAUUUCUUGCGAGCUGGUAUUAUUUGUAGCUCUCUCGGCUGGUCCCUAGGCUUGAAAUUGGGCAAGUGUAUAGACGAGAUUCAUGAACCAGUGCCUGACUACGGAGAGAAAUUGCAAUUCUCUAUGAAUAGAUUCUUCGCAAAGAUGCCCACAGAUAGGCUCAUUCAACGUGGAUCAUGGGGUAUCGAGAUUGAUCAACCAAUCCACAUGCCCCCUGGGGAUCCAAUCGCCCUUCGCCAUGAAACGCAAGACUCAAAUAUUGCGUUGGGCCGAUACCACCUCCGCGUUGACUGGCAAACUCUACGACGACUCCCGGUAUCCGCUGCUGUGGUGUUCAGCUUUAAAGUGUUGUUCACUCCGGUGACCCAAUUUCAAAAUGAGCCGUACAUCCCUUCCCUCUUUCUAAAGAACUACAGAGAGGCCAAGCCAAAUUUGUUGAAGCACAAAAAUAUAUGGCAUACCGAGGCGACUAUCCUGCCCGCACUGGAGCUCUGGGAAAGGGAGCAGAAAGAGCAAGGCAUCAUUCCCGAAGACUGGCAACCUGCUACCUUGGAUGACUACCCUCACUACCCUGGAUGGAAAGAGCGUUGGGAAGCGACCCAGAGGCUUUAA